UAAUCUUCUAAUCUUCUUACCACUUUUUUUAUUUAACUUUACAACUUCAUCCACUUCCACCCAUGAAAAAUUACCUAGCGAUAUACCCUUAUUUCUUAAUUCUCAGUUCUUUCUCACUACUGGUUCUCUAGGGUUCGCUUUCGAAAAACUUUAAUCAUGGGUAUUAAAGGCCUGUUCCCCAUCAUUAAAGAUGAGGCUCCUGCCGCCAUCAAAGAGGGUGACAUCAAAAGUCAGUUCGGUCGCAAAGUUGCUAUAGAUGCUUCUAUGAGUAUCUACAGCUUCCUGAUCGCCGUCCGCUCCGAUGGUCAGCAACUGAUGAACGAAUCUGGCGAUACCACUUCCCAUCUCAUGGGCAUGUUCUAUCGCACUUUACGAAUGGUCGAUAACGGUAUCAAACCUCUCUACGUGUUCGACGGUGCACCUCCGAAACUAAAGUCCGGUGAACUUGCUCGCCGUUUCCAGCGCAAGGCCGAAGCCAAGGAGGGACUCGAAGAGGCUAAAGAAACUGGUACGGCCGAAGAUGUCGAAAAGUUCUCCCGCCGAACCGUCCGAGUCACCAAGGAGCACAACGCCGAGUGCCAGCAGCUGCUGAAGUUGAUGGGUAUACCCUAUAUUAUUGCGCCAACCGAAGCUGAAGCACAGUGCGCCGCUCUCGCCAGAGCUGGAAAGGUGUACGCCACAGCCAGUGAAGAUAUGGACACGCUAUGUUUCGACAGCCCAGUCUUACUACGCCAUUUGACCUUUAGUGAGCAGAGAAAGGAGCCGAUUCAGGAAAUCCAUGUCGAUAAGGUCCUCGAGGGGUUAAAUAUGGAUCGCAAACAAUUCGUCGAUCUCUGCAUUUUACUUGGAUGUGAUUACGUCGAUCCCAUCCCCAAAGUAGGGCCUAGCACUGCUUUAAAGCUGAUACGUCAAUAUGGCACACUCGAGAAGGUGGUUGAAUACAUCAAGAGCGAUUCCAAGUACACAUUGCCUGAAGAUUGGCCCUUUGAAGACGCACGAGCGUUGUUCUUCGAGCCAGAUGUUCGCCAGGCAGAUGAUCCACUUUGCGACUUUAAAUGGGAGAAGCCGGAUAUUGAAGGAUUGGUCAAGUUCUUGGUGACUGACAAAGGUUUCAACGAGGACAGAGUCCGCGCCGGUGGUGCAAGGCUGGAAAAGGCCACCAAGAGUUCGCAACAGGCUCGGUUAGAAGGCUUCUUCAAGGUGAUCCCCAAAACAGAUGAGGAAAAGGCCGCGCAUAAGCGAAAGCUCGAGGAACAGAACGAAGCGAAAAAGAAGAAGCUCAAGGAGGAUAAGAAAGAGAAGGCUAAGGCCAAGGCGAAGCCCCGUGGUGCCGUGUAGUGAUCUUGACACAUUUGAAAUACGAUUGACGCACUUUGUUUGGGACCAACUCAACCCGCGAAUAUGCGUUUUAUCAUAUGGACGGAGACUCUGCUUAAGACUGGCGUUAUGGGCUGUGAAGGAUCUGAUUGAAACCCGGAGUUUACGGUAAUGGAUGGGCAAGUUGAUACCAAAAGGUAUGAAAAUACUGGUGCUUCUGGAAAUGGCUCAUGAGGAAUAUCCUUAGCUACUAGCAUCUUUUUGAAGCUAGAUGAAUGUAUCAAUGCUAUCAAUUGACACUAUUGUCUUUACAAUUGUCGAAAUAAUCUAUUUCGGAAGAGAAUUUGUACCUAAGUGCAACGUGGAUAGAUGUGGAUUCCCCUCGGACCCGGAAGAGAAAAGUGGCGCCCCGCGUCCGGGACGGAAUUGUAAUGCCGAUUUUGUGCAAUUAAUCGGAGGAACAUAAUCUGUAGAUCGAUCUUGCGACCCAGUCUUUUCAGGGGUUUAGGUUGAGUCCAUCACCGACCAAUAACGCAUGCAGUAAUUAGAUGAGUUCAUCGAUUAUAUGCCGAUUUACUGAG